CAGUGUAGAGAGGGGGCGUGGUCUGCGGCAAACGAUCAGGCAUCGAGCUGCGGUUCUGGAGGAGAGCAGCAGAGAGACACAUCCAUCCAUCAAACCAAACACCAUUUAUCGCUGUCUGUAGUCCGUGCUGCGAUGUUGAUCCUGGACGUGUUCUCCCCGCUCCUCCUACUCCUCCUCUUCCUGUUGCCGCGCUACAGUUGCCGGGCGGCGGACAUUCCGGAGGACACGACAGCAGAGUUCUCAGUCAGACUGUACCACCGGCUGCAGGCGGCCGGGGACCAGGACAACAUCGUCUUCUCCCCGCUCAGCGUGGCUCUGGCCCUAGGCAUGGUGGAGCUGGGGGCCCGGGGGGCCUCGCUGGAGGAGAUCCGCCAGGCGGUGGGCUUCAGUCAUCUGCUGCCAGGCGUGGAGUUCUCUUUGCUGCAGAACCUGACGGCGGCGCUGUCUGAAGACAACGCCCACUACGUGAUCCGGUUCGCCAACAGCCUCCUCCUGCAGGAAGGCAUCACCUUCAACCCCGAGUUCCUGCAUCUGAUGAAGAAGUACUUCCAGGCUGACGUGGAGACCGUGGACUUCAGCGAAUCAGCUGCCGUGGCCGAUCAAAUCAACACCUGGGUGGAGAAUCACACCGAGAGUAAGAUCCAUGAUCUUUUCUCAGCCGAUGACUUCAGCAGCGUGACCCGCCUGACGCUGGUGAACGCCGUCUACUUCAGGGGCUCCUGGAAAAACCAGUUCAGGCCAGAAAACACCAGGACCUUCUCCUUCAGCCGAGACGACGGCUCCGAGGUCCAGACGCUCAUGAUGUACCAGCAGGGAGACUUCUACUACGGUGAGUUCAGCGACGGCUCCCAGGAGGCUGGCGGUGUGUACCAGGUGCUGGAGAUGCCGUACGAGGGCGAGGACAUGUCCAUGUUGAUCGUUCUGCCGCGGCAGGAAGUGCCUCUGGCCUCGCUGGAGCCCAUCUUCAAAGCAGCGCUGCUGGAGGAGUGGGCCAACAACGUCAAGCGGCAGAAGGUGGAGGUCUACAUGCCCAGGUUCAAAGUGGAGCAGAAGAUCGACCUGAGGAGCACGCUGCAGGAUCUAGGAAUAAAAAACAUCUUCACCAACGAUGCUGAUCUCUCCGCCAUGACAGAUGGUAAGGACCUGCACAUUGGGAAGGCGGUGCAGAAGGCGUACCUGGAGGUGACGGAGGAGGGAGCAGAAGGAGCCGUUGGAUCAGGAAUGAUCGCCCUCACCCGGACUCUGGUGUUGUACCCGCAGGUCAUGGCCGAUCAUCCGUUCUUCUUCGUCAUUAGAAACCGGAGGACAGGGACCAUCCUCUUCAUGGGCAGGGUCAUGACCCCCGAGGUCGUUGACCCAAACGACCAGGACUUUGACUCCAUGUAAAAGA